CUUGUCGCCUGCACUAUGGGCUGUAUUCAGAGCAUUGCAUGCAAGCCCCGCAUCAGACGGGAGAACAUUGUGGUGUAUGAGGUAUCAGCCUCUAUCGACCAGUGUCCCACCAUCAUUGAGGAGAACUCACCGAUUGUGCUCCGUUACAAGACGCCUUACUUCAGGGCCUCAGCAGGGGUUGUGAUGCCACCAGUGCCGCGCAACGAAACCUGGGUGGUGGGCUGGAUCCAGGCGUGUACCCAGAUGGAGUUCUACAACACCUAUGGUGAUAUUGGCAUGUCCAGCUGGGAGUUACCAGAGCUGCGAGAAUGUCGGGUCAAGGCCAUCAGCGACUCCGAUGGCGUCAGCUACCCCUGGUAUGGCAACACCACGGAGACCGUCACCCUGACCGGACCCACGUCCAAACCGUCACGUCUGACCGUCAGCAUGAACGACAACUUCUACCCCAGCGUGACCUGGGCUGUGCCCAUCAGCAACAGCAACACGCCCAUGCUCACCCACAUCACCAGGGACCAGAGCUUCAUCACCUGGCUGGUGGCCAUGAACUCCAUCACCAAGGAGCGUAUUGUGUUGCAGACGGUGCGGUGGCGGAUGCGGGUGGACAUUGCUGUGGACCCCGACAUGCCUCUGGGCUCUCGAGCCUCUUUGGUGGGUCGUCCCUAUCAGGAGCAGCCGAACAUCCUUAACUACCAGGAGCCCAUCCCACCCAACGCGCUGGGGAGACCGAAUGCCAACGACGCCCAAGUGCUAAUGUGGAGGCCACGGAGAGGAGCGCCACUCGUGGUCAUACCGCCAAAAUAAGAGGGGGAAAUUGUUCCACAGACAAAAGAAUAAUUGUUCCCUCCUGCAGAAAAGGAGGCACGAGGAAGGUGAUGAAGUCACGAAGCCUAUGUGAGAAGAGAGAAGUGACGGUUUCACUGCGCUCAAGAUGCCAGUUGCUCAUUCUCCCUGAAAGAUUUGAGUGGACCAGUAUAACAAGCCAGAGUGAAUAUUACAUCAGCUUGGUGUCCGAAUGGAAGUCUACAAUUAACUCAUGUCAAGGGCCUGGGUUGCAUCACAGCUUUUUUGGUCAACGACAAGUUUUGGACUGCAUUAAAGAGUUUUGGCUGCUUUUUAGUGAAGAAGGAGCGCUGUUUUUAGACGUACCACAGAGGUAUUAGACCACAACAAGAACUGCACCCUGCAUCCUUAUGUAGAUCUUAUUGCAUGAGAGAGUGAGAGUGACAAGAAGAACUGUCCUUGAGAAGUUUAAGAAUAGCAUUUGUUUUGUAUAACUUGAUACCUGAAGACAUUUUGAUUGAAAAGUCAGCCAAAAAAACCCUGUGGGCUGGUUAAACCUCGUCAGUGCCAACAACGGCCUUCAGCACACUCAGAGUUAAAGGAUGUAUUCAGAGAAUUUAAAAGAGAGAAAGUAUUAUAUGAAUCUUUUUAGGUUAAUAUUAACUCAUGCAUCAAUCAGAUUGUAUUAAGAGCACCCACCUUGCAUAAAAGUCUGGAAGAAAAAACAAUAUGCUGUAGUUUUCACUGGAGCUUUUCUAAUACACCAAACUUAUGCACCAACAUAUCAACUCCCUCGCCUCUGUCCUGCAGCUGAUAUUUUAUUCAGAUGGGUGACAAACUAUCAGUGAGGGGAGUUGGACCUGUUACCACAUUAGAUAACUAGUGCCAGCUAUGCUUUCAAUAAGUGCAGUGUUACUUGGAUUAAUGCCAUAAAAACUCAUUUAAAACAAGAGGGUGAUCGCUGGAAUGGGGCUGAAUUGUACUCAGGCUGAAGGUAGAUUUGAUGUGGCGCUGAUCCGGCCAUGUUGCACCACCAAGUGUUACACAUCUUCCUACAAUCAGGGAAUCUAAAUGUACUCUUAACAGUGUCCUUGGUGUUGAAUUAAACCAGGCGUAUGAGGUCAUAGCUCAUUUUCCUCCAUCAUUUACGCAUAAUAUGUGCAGUAGUUCUGCAGAUAAUCCUUGAUGAAGGCAUGUCCAGUGGCUCAUCUUGGGCUCAGUCCAAGUUCCUGCCUGCCACUCCACACAGGAGUCACAUGACUCAUCCUCCAUCUGUGCUUCUCUCCAGGUGUAUGCCUGUUUGCUCAUUUUCUCCCGCCUGUCCACCUCACCACAUUCACUAUCUCCACCCAAAUACUCAUUUGCUCUGAAAUCCCAAACUAUGCAAAUAUUAUCUGUGACUGUAAACACAACUAGAAGGUCAAAGAUGUGUAUUUUUGUGCAUCUGCCUCAAUCUCUUUCUUAUUU